AUGCAGGGCUGCGCACGGAGCCUGGUCACCGCUUUUAUUUCCAUUCCACAGUCGGUCCUCCUUCCGCCAUGGACCACCAUCAACAAGGCCGCCCCGCCCAUUGCCGGCCCAUCGUCCGUACCCAACACAUCAUCGACGCCGCCACCGCCCCCGUUCCACGACGUCGCUGAAAGCACUCAUUUGCUCAUCGACUUUGACAAUGAGCUCCCUCAGGACGACCCUCCGCCCGAAUUCGCACCAUACCAUGCCGAGUAUUUUGAUACAGGGAACGGCAACAUCGUGUCGCACGAUCCUCACUUGAAUUCGGACGGAGAAGCGCUCUAUCGAUUCCUGCUUUCUCAAGCAAGUACACCUCCGUCGCUUUCUCUCCACUGUCGCGGUACCCAUUCAGAGACUCGACAACGCCACGUAACUCAUACGGGUCACGGUGGAAGGGUCGAAACACGAUUCGAGAGCUACACAGAAACCGUCGUCGACUUUGACUUUUACAUCUCCCUUGAUCAGCUCAUCCUUCCGGAACCAACUCAUUGGUCAGUUGCAGACUCUGACCCUGCUUACCGCGGUCGCAUGUUCAGGGAAAUCGACCUCUCUGGCCCAAGAAAGGCAAGGUGGAAGGAAAGAAGAGCCUUUCGUUCUUGGAUCAAAGACAGAGAUGCACGCGGUCUUCCCCCGUGGAUUUCGAACAUUCAGACCACGGAUACUUGUCCGACCUUGGAGGAUUCCGUUGUCCUGAGAUCUUCCAAGACCCUUCGGGCCUGGGCUGAUGAAUACUGCGCUUCGCCAAAAUACCUGAAAGAAUUCGUCUACGUCAAAUCCAUCUACGGGUGGAAUUUACGCAAUCUUGAAUCUGCCAUCCGUUCCAUCAUCAAGACCUCUUUCUAUACUGGCACACUCGAAGUCAACUUCGAAACUUCUGGCAAACAAGUUUACAUCAGACCCGAUAACCGUCUCUCAAGAACCCUUUCCAAUAAAUGGUUAAAGUUCCUGUCCAUUAUCCUUUUCAUAUUCCCGUUCAUCUGGCUCUUCAAGCGAUUUCAUAGCAAGGGCGGUGGUAGGUGGGAGGUUUGCGGAGGUGCUUACGCUCUGAAACGCUGGCAGUCACUAGAAUCCGAACCUGAACAUCACGUAGACACGAAAGGCUCCGUUGCUAGGGAUGCUGUGAUUGUGCGCUCUAGAGAUGGCCAGGCAAAGAAGCUCGUCGGAUCCAGGGAAGGCGAGUGGUUAAAACAGUGGCAAGGCACCAUCAUGCGAGCCGUGCAGAUGCGGUAUGAAUCCACUGAACCUAUAACGGUUACUACAGAACAGAAUCUUAAUCAACCCUUACCCGUUGAACUAGACGGUUACUGA